AAGUUCUCACCGUCAAGCAAGCUUCCAUCAUGUCGUCCGCCGCAAAGAAGCUUAUCGUCGCCGGAGGCAACGGUUUCCUGGGCUCCAGGAUCUGUCAGGCGGCUGUCCACAGAGGAUGGGAUGUAACAUCUAUCAGUCGCUCCGGCCAACCCAACUGGUCUUCCGUAUCCGCCUCCCCCUCCGCUCCCUCCUGGUCGACCGCCGUUUCUUGGGAGCGCGCCGACAUAUUCCGCCCCGCCGAAUGGAUCGCCCUCCUGAACGGUGCUGACUAUGUUGUCCAUUCUUUGGGCAUCCUCCUCGAAGCCGACUACAAGGGCGUCAUCUCCGGUCGGGAGUCUCCUAUUGCAGGCCUCCAGAAGGCCUUCUCGCCCCGUCACACCCCAAACCCGCUCGAGCGUCGUCCUGGUGACGAGCUCCAUCCUCCGACCAACGCGAACCAGUUGACCUACGAGAUGAUGAACCGCGAUAGCGCCAUCCUGCUCGCCAAGGAGGCCGCUAACAAGGGCGUCAAGGGCUUUGGCUACAUUUCCGCUGCGGGAGGAGCUCCCGUAUUGCCGAGCAGGUAUAUCUCAACCAAGAGGGAGGCUGAGGACGUGAUCGCGCGGGAGUUCCCCGGCAUGCGGAGUGUAUUCUUCAGGCCGCCAUUCAUGUACGACAGCUCGCGGCCUGUGACGAUGCCGUUGGCGGCGAUGACCAUGGCGGGAAGUAUCUUCAACGGGGCCACAGGAGGAGUGCUAUCCAACUUCUUGGGGAGUGCGGGGACGAAGCCUCUCAAGGCAGAUCUGGUUGCGGAGGCGGUGGUGGAAGGAUUGGACGAUACAGCGGUUAAAGGGGCAGUUGAGGUCCCCGAGCUGGAGACGUUGGCGAACAAGGGUUGGAGGAGAACUAUGCUUUGAGAGCAAAGAAUCGGCUCAAAUGGUCUGUAUUUUACCUGAAUCAUAACCUUGGCAAUGUAUAAAACGAUGAUGCUUGACAUAUAAAAACCAGUAAUCAAUCCUUCAACGCCGUUUCCUCUUCGCAUGAAGCCCAGAGUUACCCUACACCAUGGUUCCUCUCUCAAAGCUGUCCCUAAUCUCUGCCGUGUACUUGUUAUAGAACCUCGACAGCUUCUGGUUGAACUGCUUGUUCUUCUCGUUGAUGUACGUGACGUCCGCAUCGUCGCCGUUGUUCGCCAUCCGCUCCCUCCUUUUCUUAAGGCUGGCCUCCUCGGCCUUGCGCAUAUCGGCCACCAGUCGAUCAACGGCCGCCUUGUCGGGCUUGUGUUGCGCGAACUGCGUCGAGUCUGCCGUGCUAAAGAAGGUGCCGUCCUUAUCAAUCGCAAUCAUCUCUCCAUCCUCUGUCUCAACAAUCUCCAAUGUACCAGCCGCCGCAGCCUUUUCGAUCGCCGCCAACUUUUCGCGCGUGUACCUCUCCAGAUCGGGUCCUCCCAUGUUGCGCAGUUGCCGCUUGUAGGACUUUUCGGCUUGUUGGUUGUAGUCGCGGAAGGCAGUGUCAUCGCGGUGCGCCUCCUUCUUUUUCAUACGCUUGUCCCACCGCUCUGAUUCCUCGACCGUCCAGUCCCAAGCCCGCUUGCGCUCAAAGUCGCCCCCGGCAUCUUCAAUGUCGGCUUUCAGCAGCUUGUGAGAGGCAAUCGCGUGGCGACGGCCGAGGGCAGUGAGUUGGCUAGGGUCGCUCUGGAGGCGCUGGGAUUCU